AAACAGGGAGGAAUGGCCGCUAGAUUAUCGAGUAUUUGACCAAUAUUUACAAAUGCAUUCCAUACAAUCAGUCUGGCAGACGAUCAUUUAGCUGGGAGCCGCGGCCGCAGCAACUACCCUCUACCAAGGCGGUCAACUACAGCUGGUCAGCAGACAUCAUAUUUACACAUUCACUGACAUAUAUAUAUAUUUCCACUACCCUCACUGUGGAACUACAGGGCGCACAAUAAAUGAAUGGAAACACAUUACCCACGCCACUGACCCCACCAUGAAGAAGUGUAUCCUCGUCUCUGCUGCCGUAAUGUCCUUAUACCUUAUACCAGGACUGUGGGCCAAGGAAGUGCCGAUGGUGACCUUCCAGGCUGACCUGUGGCCCCGCAAUGACUCCUGGCUCUGGUGGCAGGGGCCGCCCAUCCCCACCAUGACCCAGGUAACAUUCUGCACUCAUCUAACACUCCGCCGAUUGCGCCGCAUGGUGCCUUUGGUCUCCUACUCCACCCUCCGCACCGACAACGAGUUCCUCAUCGUAUUAGACACAAGCUACUCAUCUCUGUAUUUCACCUGCUGUGACCUGCUGGCCUGGAGGAAGCUCAUGACCUUUGAUGUCUUCUACCCUAUCCACAUCUGUCUGGCAGUUGACUUGUCCACUCGGAACCUUACCGUCGUCUUGAAUGAUGAGGUGUGGAGUGAUGUGCUGGAGUACAAGAAACCACUACUGGAGAACGAGACGGGGGCCAUAGUGCAAGGGGGUGGAUACAUGCUGCUUGGGAUUGACCAAGACGAGUAUGGUGGUCUCUUUAAAAGUAUGCAAUCCCUCUGUGGCGACCUCACUGAUCUUCGGCUUUACUCUGUUUUCCUGCCUCUUCAAAAGAUGAUCGAUUUUGUUAGCUGUUUACCCAUGGAAGUCGACCACCAGCCAGUAAUUGAUCUAACACAAAUGCACCUCUUCAUGCAAGCGUUGGAUUGUGCCACAAAACUGGGGGACAUCUGGGACUGCCACAAAACAACAGACAGAAUGAAAAUUUAAUAGAUCUUGUGAUGCCAUACCAAGACAUCUGUGGAGAUGAUUACAUUGAGAGUGUCUGGCUGGGACUGAAAGGAGAUCUCACAACAUAUACCUGGAGGCAUUAUCAGACAUGGCAGAUCCCAUCACUAC